AUGUCCUCCGACUCAGGAAUGUCCUUCGACCCAGGAAUGUCCUCCGACUCAGGAAUGUCCUCCGACUCAGGAAUGUCCUUCGACUCAGGAAUGUCCUCCGACUCAGGAAUGUCCUUCAACUCAAGAAUGUCCUUCGACUCAGGAAUGUCCUUCGACUCAGGAAAUGUAACAACUUUCCGGCACGGUUCCGGCCAAAAGGAGAUUUCCGGCAGAUUUCUUAGAUUUCUCUUGAGCAAUUUGCAAAUUCAUGAAGAUUUUGGAGAUCUUGUAAAAAGAUGCGAAUUCAAGAUUUAG